AUGAAGCCAUCCAAACCAUUAAGGAAAUUCAACAGAAAAUUACCUUUUGUCAGCAAAGCUGAAUCACGCUUAGAAGUCCUAGAGGAUUUCUUGUGGGUAAUUAAUGGAGAGAAUUUACCUGAUAAAUAUUUUACAACAUUUCCUGUUACAUUUCACAUUGUGAUGGAAUAUAACAAAUAUAUUAAUUUCUUGGAUAAUCAAUUGUUUUUUAACCAAGAUACAAAGCUUUACUAUGAUAAAGCAAUUCAGUUUGAGCAUAAAGCUGAAAAAGAAGCUAAGAUUAAUAAGUUAACCAGUUUACUUUAUUGGCAACAUGCUCAAGAAAGUUAUGAAAAAGCAUGUGAUAUGGAUCCUGAAAAUCUGAAUCAUUCACUUGGAUUUGCAAAAUGCUUAUUAAACUUAUCUGAAUACAAGCAAGUUAUCGAUCUUUCUGAUAUAUGCCCUGCAUUAAAUUCUUCGUCAGGAUACUGGAGAUUACGAAGUAUAGCUUAUUUUAAACAUAAAAAGUAUAAAGAAGCUACGUCUUGCAAUACUGAGGCAUUGAAACUAGAUCAUAAAAAUAAUUUGGCCAUUAAAUAUAGAAAGCUUAUCAAAAAAUUAGAUAUAAAAAAUACUGUUAAUUAUCGCAUUGACGGUUAUAAAAGAGAAUUAAAAUUCGAACUAUAUUAUUUUAAAAAUUCUCAUAAUAAUGACUGGAGCAUCGACUGGUGGAAUAAUUGCCGUGGAUUAUCAGUACCAUCAGAGAUAGAAAGUUAUAAUGAUUCAGAUUUAACCCCGAUAUUUUCAGCUUCAGAAUUAUUGAAUACUUAUAAGAACGAUUUUAAAAAAUUAUUCAAUAAAAGGUGUUGUAUCUUUAGCGUACCCAAUAAAGAUAAUCGUUUGGAUAUGUUUACAAAAUAUUUUUAUCAAACAAGAUUAUCACGUUCACUUACUGAAUUAGUUAUUCCUGCGGCAUAUGAAGAUUAUUCAGGAAAAUCGCACUUAUUUACAACCUAUGAUGUUCGUGAAAGUGAAAGUAAAAGUAAUGAAGCAAAUAGCACUUUUGUUGAUGUAUUAAUGGCUACAACAGCUGCACCUACUUUUUUUUCACCCCAUAAAAUCAAGAAUAAGGGUACUUUUCUAGAUAGAGAAAUAUAUCUCAAUAAUCCAGCAUUAGCUGCUUAUGAUGAAGCAAUACGAUAUAAAGUGGCAGAUAAAAAAAUUUCAGUGCUUUCUCUAGGUACAGGAUGUUAUGUACCAGAUCCUUCAUUACCUAAUCUAUACAGAGAUCUACUUUUUUGGCCACAACAUCCUUCUAUGAUUUCUAUACAAGAGGGUGAUAUAGAUCGUGAAAUGUACGAGAAGUUAGAGAAUUGUUAUCAACGGUGGCAAAUCUUUUUUGAAGAACCAAUAAAGUUUGAUGACUGUGAAAGUAUUCCUAAUCUUUUGGAAUUAGGCCAUCAAUAUAUAGAAGAACUUGAUUUUUCAGAUGAAAAUCCCAUUAACAAGUUAAUAGAAUCUUUUGAGUACAAGUGCUUUUUCUAA